GGGGAAUGUAUGUGGAGGAGGGGUUUAUCAAGAGUGAGAGAGCUUAAAAGUGAUGGGGAGAAAAAGCAAGAGAGAGAAACUGCGUGUGUGUGAAGGAGGAAGAUGCUGUUGCCAGGGAACAGCAGUGAAGUAGAAACGUCCAUCUUUACCAGCUCGCAGCAGGAUAGAAACAUGUUACAUCGUGGGUGCAAAAUAUACUGAACGUGAGGAGAAGGAAAACAGCUGAUCCGGACUCCCAGCAGCCCCGGGAGAAUCCGAGAGAAGGAGGACACGACUUCUCUCUCAGCCUCCAUCAAAGGCAUCAGUGAACAGCAAGAAACGUCCUGCAGCCCAGAUCCUGAGCACGAGUGUCCCACAUGCAGAUGUAAACAAUGAUGACCCUCAUUCUGCUCAGGCAGAUUUAAGGAGGAAGGAAAUAAAGAGGAGAUUCUGAAAGCAGCUCAGCCGCUCCUAACGGCAAAGAGGAAGUUAUCCGUAUCACAUAAUUGAGCUGAAGCCCGUCCUCCUUUGCAGAGGAUGGGUACAGCAGAAGCCACUCUACGCAUGGACAGCAUGGAGGUCAAGGACGAGUGGCAGGAUGAAGACUUCCCCAGGCCACUACCAGAGGAUGGAGAUGGCCUCACUGACAACAGAACCAAUCAUCCCACCACUCUAAAUGUGGGCGAGACCAUGGCUCAGCGUAAGCGCCGCACGCUGGUCGCCCCCGACAUGAACCUGUCCCUGGAUCAGAGCGAGGGCUCCGUGCUCUCUGAUGAGUUUCUGGAAACACCCGACGACCUGGACAUCAACGUAGACGACAUGGAGACUCCUGAUGAGACGGACUCGCUCGAGUUCAUCAACAACGGCAACGAGCUGGAGUGGGAAGAUGACACUCCUGUGGCCACUGCAAAGCGUCUUCCAGGGGAAAGUGACGAGGAGAGAGACUCAUCUGGCCGCCUGUGGCGAACAGUGAUCAUCGGUGAUCAGGAGCAGCGGAUUGACAUGCAGGUCAUCAGACCGUACCUGAGGGUAGUCACACAUGGAGGAUAUUAUGGAGAGGGUCUGAAUGCCAUCAUCGUGUUUGCAGCCUGCAACCUUCCUGACAGCGGCUGUGAGGACUACGCGUACAUCAUGGAGAAUCUCUUCCUGUACGUUGUGAGCAGCCUGGAGCUGCUGGUGGCAGAAGAUUACAUGAUCAUUUACCUGAACGGAGCCACUCCUCGCAGGAAGAUGCCGGGCAUCGGCUGGCUGAAGAGAUGCUACCAGAUGAUUGACAGGAAACUGAGAAAGAAUCUGAAAUGUCUCAUCAUCGCUCACCCAACGUGGUUCAUCCGGACCGUCCUGGCCAUCUCCAGACCUUUCAUCAGCGUGAAGUUCAUGGAUAAAAUCCGCUACGUUCACACCCUGGAGGAGCUCAGUCAGAUCAUCCCCAUGGAGCACGUGCAGAUCCCUGAGUGUGUGCUGCAGUAUGAUGAUGAGAAGUUACGAUCACAAAGUGAAAGACUUGAGCAAGAGCAGCAGCCGACAAAACCAACACUAGCUAAAGAAAGGCCAAAGUCAAUGAUAUCUGAGGUUGGCCGUGACAUCUGACAUUAAGUGUUGUGUGCGCAAGCAGAAAAUAGAUGGCUAGCUCCAGGAGGAAGCUGAAGCAUGCACAUGUUUCUUGCACAAGGAUCCCCUUCAUGUUUUGAAAAUGCUAAACGGUAUUGCUUGCACAUAAAUAAUCAUUUGUAAUAAUACAAUAAACAACCAUGUCCUUCUCCGAGAGCACUAGACCAGAAUAAUAAUGCUGUUUAAUUAAUGUCGAUCAUCAAGUGCAGAUAAUUCUUCUGCCAAGUCAUCUUUAGUUCUAUAAAUUGAGACUUCUAGUGAAUCCAAGAAGUGUUAGAUGAUCCUCUAACAUCAUAUUCCCCUUCGUACCCAUGUUACAUAAAGCACAGCUGCUGAUCUCUUUAAGCAUGCACACAACCAAUCAAUCCUAUUUUUAAUGGCCUGUACAACAGGUCCGGCAAAUUGAUCUUCAGCGCACUGCCAGUCCUGAAAUUGGGGGAAAUACCCGCCGCAGCAGGUUCUGGGUGGGUUAGGCUGGGUGUUGGGGGUUAUUUUAGAACCCCCCCCCCCCCCCUGCUGUGCUGUCCUGCUGACUGUCCACACAGCCUUUCCAUAUAUCAAAGCAGCUAUCAGACAUGGGACUGGCUGAUAUCUCAGGAAUGGACACCAUCUCCAAACUAAAUACCAGGGGAGGAAGCAGAGGAAAAAUAUAUAGGCAACAUGUCAAGACUGAUUUAGUUUAGAUGUAGUGCAUGCUUACUGACACACUGCCACAACAAGGAUUAUAUAGGAAAUGUUUUAUUAAGAGAUACAUACAUGUCAAUAGAUGUCUUUGAGACUGUCGGGUUAUGGAAGAAGCAAAAA